CAACAUUGCCACUCGGUGGAACUCAACGUAUUACAUGCUGCAAAGUUUUUGACAUAUAAAGAUCCUAUUGUUUCCACCCUGGCCGUCACAAAUGCACCUGUCCAGCCUUUAUCCCAAGAAGAAUGGGCUGUAGUGGAGGAGAUGUGCACCRCCCUCAAGCCCUUUGAAGAGGUCACUGUUGAACUUAGUGCAGAAAGCUAUGUCACUGCCUCCAAGAUUUUACUUCUGGCCARGAGACUGCAGAGAGCCACAUCAGAUUUUCUGAGAAGAGCAACUACACCUAUAGCAAAAGACAUUGUGAAGUCUCUUUGUUCAAGCAUGGCAACAAGAUUCCACAAAAUGGAACACCACAACUUGUUUGYCGAUGCAGCGGCACUUGACCCUAGAUUUAAGAGAAUGACAUUCACAGAUCCUAGAGCUGCAGAUGAGACUUACCAAAGAUUAUCAAAUGCAGCAGUAAGACUACCUCUCAGCAGCAAUGAGCCCACACAGGAAGAGGUCCAAGAGGAAGGAGCAGGCAGUGCAGCACAGAAAUCUGUUGUUUGGAGCUUCUUCAAUGAACAAGUUGCAGGAACGGAGACAACCAGGAAUCCGACGUCAGAUGCCAUCAUGGAGAUGCGAGCUUUGGAGCCUCUACUUCCAAAAACUGAAUAUCCUCUCAAGUGGUGGCAAAGUCGGGCCCUUGUGUACCCCAGGCUUAGCAAGCUCAUGGCUAAGAAGCUUUGUGUUGUUGUAACGUCUGUCCAAUCUGAGAGAAUAUUCUCCAAGACUGGUCAAAUUUCCUCUGAGAGAAGAUGUCGCCUUAAACCUGAARAAGUCAGACAACUUGUCUUUCUCAAUGCAAAUUUGCCAAAUGAUGAGGUGAAACAGAAGAAAGCCUAA